CACACAUACAAGCCAUUGGGCCACACAGGCAGUGGGGAGACGGGCUCCGGAACCCGAGCGAGGCAGCGCUGCCGAGAGCGGCUGGGAAGAGGGGGAGAGCCAGCGGGGAGGGGAGCCCUGGGUUCCGCUCCCGGGGCCGGGGACCCCGCGCGCACACCGGGCCCGGAGACACCCUCGCAGACACUCGUAGGCGCGCACGCGCACCCUCUCCUCUCCUCCUCCCCUCCUGCCGCCACCCGGCCGGACGAUGGAUCCCUGCAGAUCCCGGGGCUGAAGGCACCGAGCACCGCGCACCGCGCACGGAGCCCCGGGCGGACGAGCCGAGCCGAGCCAGCGAGCGCGCGCAGGCGGGCGGGCGGGCGGCGGAGCGAGCCGAGGCGGGCCGGGCCGGGCCGGCCGCUCCCUGCAGGGCUCUGCGCGGCGUGUGCCGCGGCGGCCGCGGGCUCCGGCUUCGGGCCAUGAGCCCCUCCGCGGCUCGGCGCUGAGCCCACGAACGGCCCCGCGCCCCACGACCUGCUACCGGCUGCCUGCUUCCCGAAGCCCCCCUCAGGAUCCCCUCGGCAAGGAUGGAACUGAAGGCCGAGGAGGAGGAAGUGGGUGGUGUCCAGCCCGUGAGCAUCCAGGCCUUUGCCAGCAGCUCUACCCUGCACGGCCUGGCCCACAUCUUCUCCUAUGAGAGGCUGUCUCUGAAGCGGGCCCUGUGGGCCCUGUGCUUUCUGGGCUCGCUGGCCGUGCUGCUGUGUGUGUGUACCGAGCGUGUGCAAUACUACUUCCACUACCAUCAUGUCACCAAGCUCGAUGAAGUGGCUGCCUCCCAGCUCACCUUCCCUGCCGUCACGCUGUGCAACCUCAAUGAGUUCCGCUUUAGCCAAGUCUCCAAGAAUGACCUGUACCAUGCUGGUGAACUGCUGGCCCUGCUGAACAACAGGUAUGAGAUACCUGACACACAGAUGGCUGAUGAAAAGCAGCUGGAGAUAUUGCAGGACAAGGCCAACUUCCGCAGCUUCAAACCCAAGCCUUUCAACAUGCGUGAGUUCUAUGACCGAGCUGGUCAUGACAUUCGUGACAUGCUGCUCUCCUGCCAUUUCCGAGGGGAGGUCUGCAGCGCUGAAGACUUCAAGGUGGUCUUCACACGGUAUGGAAAGUGCUACACAUUCAACUCAGGCCGAGAUGGGCGGCCUCGGCUGAAGACCAUGAAGGGUGGGACUGGCAAUGGGUUGGAGAUCAUGCUGGACAUCCAGCAGGAUGAGUACCUGCCCGUGUGGGGGGAGACUGACGAGACGUCCUUCGAAGCGGGCAUCAAAGUACAGAUCCACAGUCAAGAUGAACCUCCUUUUAUCGACCAGCUGGGCUUUGGUGUGGCCCCAGGCUUUCAAACCUUUGUGUCCUGCCAGGAGCAGCGGCUCAUCUACCUACCCCCGCCCUGGGGCACCUGCAAAGCUGUUACCAUGGACUCGGAUUUCUUCGACUCCUACAGCAUCACCGCCUGCCGCAUCGACUGUGAGACUCGGUACCUGGUGGAGAACUGCAACUGCCGGAUGGUGCACAUGCCAGGGGACGCCCCAUACUGCACUCCAGAGCAGUACAAAGAGUGUGCAGAUCCUGCCCUGGACUUCCUGGUGGAGAAGGACCAAGAAUACUGCGUGUGUGAAAUGCCUUGCAACCUGACCCGCUAUAGCAAGGAGCUGUCCAUGGUCAAGAUCCCCAGCAAAGCCUCCGCCAAGUACCUGGCCAAGAAGUUUAACAAGUCUGAGCAGUACAUAGGGGAGAACAUUCUGGUGCUGGAUAUUUUCUUUGAAGUCCUCAACUAUGAGACCAUUGAGCAGAAGAAAGCCUAUGAGAUUGCAGGGCUCCUGGGUGAUAUUGGGGGCCAGAUGGGGCUAUUCAUCGGAGCCAGUAUCCUCACUGUGCUGGAGCUCUUUGACUAUGCCUAUGAGGUAAUUAAGCACAAGCUGUGCAGAAGAGGCAAAUGCCAGAAAGAGGCCAAGAGGAGCAGCGCAGACAAAGGCGUGGCCCUCAGCCUGGAUGACGUCAAAAGACAUAACCCCUGCGAGAGCCUCCGGGGCCAUCCGGCCGGGAUGACGUAUGCUGCCAACAUCCUACCUCACCAUCCGGCCCGAGGCACAUUUGAGGACUUUACUUGCUGAGUCCCGCAGGCCACUGUA